AAAAUGAGUGGGCCUUGUUUUUGUUUUUGUUAGCCAGAAAUGAAAUUACAAUCACAAUGUAAUCAAUUGCAUAUUUUUUUAAUUUAUUAAGUUUAUCUUCACCAAUUCUUACAGUUCUCUUUAACCUAUGUUUAGUUGAUUCCUGUUGCUAACCUAAUGUGUUAACUCACUCUAUUCAGUUGUAAUUGGAAAAGAGAUCCAUACUUUUCAAGAAAUGGCUACUAAUUCAUCAGCUGCUUCAACAAUUCAGAAUGUUGAUUCCAGAGGAUUUCAAAUUGCUUCCAGAAAAUUUCACCAUCUCUUUGCAAUGCCAGAGGAGGAGAAACUUGUUAAUUACUACUCGUGUAACCUUUGGCGAGGAAAAGUACCUAGACAAGGAACAAUGUUUCUCAGUAUCAACCAUUGCUCUUUUUAUUCCCAUUUAUUUGGUACCAAAAUCAAGCUGACAAUCAAAUGGACUGACGUACAGCAUAUCGAAAAAAAGAAUACAGUUUUGUUUCCAGAUACAAUUAUAAUUUCUGCUAAUGAUGAAGCUUACAAUUUUUCAAUGUUUUUAAAGCCCUCAGAAACAUAUAGAUUAAUCCAACAGUUAGCUAAUAUUGCGAUGAAAAGUUUAAUGACCGAUGAGAAGGUUGGCUCAUAUCAGGCUGAUCUUGAUCUUGUCGUUAAAACUUCUAAAAAUGCUCCACGAAAGGUAUCAUUUCUCAAAAGAGAUUUGGAUGCUAAGCAGAUAAGUGAGGCUUACCGGAUGGCUUUCCGUUUACCUGUUCAAGAAAAACUUGAUGGAACUUUACCCUGUAUGCUUUGGACACCCUACAAUAAGCAACAUGUUUGGGGUAAACUGUUUUUAUCUACAAAUUACAUUUGUUUUGGAAGCAGGACACCUCAGUCAGUCUCUCUUAUCAUUCCCAUGAGGGACAUAUUAUUGUCAGAAAAGGUUGAUAAUCAUGGUGGACCUCCGUGUGUCAAUGCUAUCCUCAUAUCAACUCGAAAAAAAUCAAAUUUCCUGUUUUCUUACAUUGACGACCGAGACUUUUUAAUUCAAAAGAUUUCAGAAAUGCUUGAAAAGCUUCCUGAGGACAAAAGCACAAAUACGUCCUCGUCUGUUUCGAAACCUGAUGGUGAUAAUGUGUUCGAAAUUCAGCGACCUUUGAAUGAACUUUUUGCUAUGCCUAAAGAGCCUGAGGUUCAAGCUAAAGAAGCUGUACGUGAAAACCUUUGGGAUCUUUAUUUUAGUGAUUAUGGACGAGGUGUGUCCACUUAUCGGACUCCUAAGGCUCGUGAAUUGGUUGUGAAAGGUAUUCCAGAUAAAUAUCGUGGUGAAUUGUGGAUGCUUUAUUCUGGAGCAAUCAAUGAAUUGGAAUCAAAUCAAGGUUAUUUUCAACAAAUGGUCGAAGCAAGUACAGGCCGUAAAUGUGUGGCAUCUGAUGAAAUUGAACGAGAUUUACACCGAUCUUUACCCGAGCAUCCUGCCUUUCAAUCACCUGUUGGUAUUAACUCUCUUCGACGGGUUCUCAAUGCUUAUGCUUACAGAAAUCCAAGUAUUGGCUAUUGUCAAGCUAUGAACAUUGUAACCUCGGUAUUGUUAUUAUUUGCUUCUGAAGAAGAAGCUUUUUGGUUGUUGGUUGCUUUAUGUGAACGUCUUCUCCCUGAUUAUUACAAUACUAAAGUAAUCGGUGCCUUAGUUGAUCAAGGAGUCCUAGAAGAGUUGGUGAAAACACAUCUACCUCAAUUAUAUCAAAAAUUGGAACCCUACGGGAUAUUGAAUAUGAUCUCACUCUCAUGGUUCCUAACAAUUUUUCUAUCCGUCAUACCUUUCGAAUCAGCUAUUCAUAUUAUGGACUGUUUCUUUUAUGAUGGAGCUAAAGUCGUCUUCCAAAUUGCUUUAUCGAUCCUUGAAUCUAACCAAGAAGCAUUGUUAAAGUGUAAAGAUGAUGGCGAAGCAAUGACAGUGUUGACAGGGUUUCUUGAAAAUAUUACAAAUCAUGACGCUUCAUCUCAUCUAGCUCAUUCAGUCACUUAUGGACCAGUUUCCAAAAGAUUUAAUCAGAAAGUCACCGAGAUAAAUGAAUUGAUCAAUGAUUCAUAUACAAAAUAUGGUUUUUUAACUACUGCAAUGAUUGAAAAAUUUCGAUUUGAUCGUCGUAUUAAAGUUGUCCAAACUCUGGAAGAUAACAACAUGAGAAGUGUUAUUCGCAGUGUUCAAAGUAAUCCAUUUGUUAAUCAUUAUUUAAAAUCAGAAGAAAUACAAAAUCUAUACGCAAUUGUGAAAGAAGAGCAACUUCGUCAACAAUAUUGGGGUCGAGCAACAUCUCAAUCAUCGUCUACCUGGGAUCCAUCUAAACCAUUUUAUGAUAUGUACAAAUUAGAUUUUGACCAAUUUAAAGGUUAUUUUCACCAAAUAUCUUCAUGGACUGAUGGUGAUAAUGCUGAAACACUAGCUUUACGGGUUUUCAAGAUUCUUGAUGAAGAUGGCGAUGGUUUCAUUAAUUUCUUACAAUUUCUUAUCAUCAUAGCAAUCAUGUUUAAAUCAGAUGUUGAAGUUCGUCUCAAACUGUUAUACGCUUGUCACCUCAUUCCACUUCUUGAUACAGAAAACCCAAAUGGUUCUUUACCAGAGUCAGAAUCUGAUGUAGAAGAAGCUGAAGAAGCUACCGAGGCAACUGAAUAUUUCGGCAAAUUAUCUUGCAGCUCUUCUUCAUGUUCAGCCGAAUUAUUACCCGGUAAUGAUCCUCCAAUCAAAAUUUCAGAAAUAAUACCAAGUCGCUUCGUUGUCCCUUCAUCUUCACCCUCAAAAAGCUUUGAAAUCGUCUCUGGACCAUCAAGUACUACAUCAACUUUAGCAUCAUCCCCACCAUCAUCCAGCAGUGUUAAUGUUACUCUUCACCCUUGUCAUGAAUACAAAGCUCUUCCUCCAAUGAAGCAAGAUCAAUUUGUUGAACUUUGGAAAACCCUUUAUGAUAUUUUCUCUGGAUCAACCGAGGAACAACGAAUGUAUCAUUGUGUAGCUUCCGUUUGUACUACGCUAUUCAAGAUUGGUGAACUCGCCUAUCAACUUCGUGAACAGAAUCAAGAAGAAGGUCAAGCAGCAUCUAAAAGUCCAACCUCAGAUUCUAAAUCAGUCGAGAGCUUCGACAUUGUAAGUCAAGCAUCAAUAUUUGGAGAUGAACAUCAUAUCAACGCUGAAGGUGGAUUUAUCACUUUUGAACUAUUUCAGGCAGCUUUGUUCAUUGAAGAAGCUUUGGUUAACUUUUUCGAGAGAAAACCCAAACUAAAUGAAGCAUUGCAAAAACUGCGUAAUCGUAGGUUUGAUCGUACAUCUAGUUUUAUUGGCAAUGCUAAAGCUGAUUAAUGUAAAAGUAAAAGAUUGAAAGUGAGGGGCGUUUAAGCAAACAAAUUGAUUCAAUUUUGAUCAGAUCUCAAAGGCUUGAAAUUGAUGAAUCUUGCUGACAAUGGAGCUGACAAAAAUUGAAUUUAUUUUGUUUAGAUUGUCUAAUAAAGAAGAAGAAAUUCGUCUAUUCUUAUUUCUUCUAUUCUUAUUGAGUUACCAGCUAAAGAAAAGAUGAGAUUUAGCUCACUUCUUAUCAUGAAUUUUUAAAAAAACUGAACCAAAAUUGUAAUCCUGAUCAUGUUUUUUUACCAAGAAACAUUCAUCAUUCCUUAAUGAACAACUGCCUCCGAAUUAAGGUCCAUCUUCAUCACCAGUCUUCACCAGGUUAUAAGCAAGAUUAACCUUCAACCUUAAUCCUUUUGAUAUUGAGUGUUGACAAUCUCUGACCUUUCUCCUAUGUAUAAUUUGUAACCAGAUGAAAUUGAGCAAACAUUAUUUGCAUUGACUUUUCAAGUCAUGAUUUGAAUUUCAGCUCAGAUCUCUUCCUUCUGUGAUCAUAGAUUAGUUAAUUUUAAUCGUUAUGUUCAACAACAAUCACGACAUCUGCUAGAUUAAUCUCGAUUAAUCUCCCAUUGAAAUUGUUAACUGUUUUUUCUGUUUGAUACCCUUUAAAUUGUCAAUCAAGUAAACAUAACAAUUUUUUUGUAAACAUGAUAUCAAUGAUGAUGAUGAGAUUCAACAGUGAGUUUCAACAAUGAAAAGCCCAUUAUUUUACUAGAUCAUGUAGAUAUUUUCAUUUUUUAUGAGUCAAAAAUCUCUUUUUGUAAUAAGUGAUAAUUUUAACCAAAUGAUGAGAAAUUAAAUUACAAUAGUUGAUAUGCAUAUCGUUUCUAUCAUUACUGAAUCAUGUCUCGAAAUAGUUUAUUAAUGCAAACCUUUGGUGUUAAUUACAAUUGGAUUACAAAUCAAAUGGUUUAACCAGUCUUUUUUUCUGAUGUUCCUCUCCUCUUGUGUAUUCUGUGUUAAUCAAAGCACAACCAUUUGGUUGCGUUUUAUUGAUUGUCAACAAUUGAUUUUUCCGGGAGAUAAACUUUGAACCAUUUUUGUAUCUUCAUAUUUCAUUUCAAUUCUGAAUGAAACUUCAAUUGUAAUAUUAUAAAUAUUUACAUAUAAAUCAAACAAAUUGUUAUUAAACACAUAAAAUAUAUUUACUACUAACAUGUGAUAAUUUUGUACUGAAUAUUUCAUUAAAACUUGUAAACACAA